GAAAAACAAAAAAGAAAAAUGGCUUUCAAGAACCAAAAGGAUCACUGGGCAUUUCUGGAAGAAAUUGAGGCACCAAUGUGGGUGGACCUUACCAUAGAAGCUAAGCUCAAUGGCCAAGCCAUUGAUGACGAAUGGUUCCAAACAAGUCAUCUGUUCCACCAAUCCUCUUCUCGCGAGUUAAAAUCAGCAUUUUUUCUUUCCGGUGAGGAUGGGAUAGGAGCAUCGUCAUCGACAUUCCCACAGUCAGUUUCAAGAUCAAGAGGCAAGGACUACAGGAGCAAGAAAUGGAAGGGUAACUUUCAUGAUGUUUCAUUAAAUAAGAUACAGACAAUGAAGGUUUUGAAUGGGAAGUCUUCAGGGUUGGAGUCAGGGUCUAGUGAGGGAAUAAAACCUAAACUGAGCUUUAUAGGUUUGAAAGGAACUUCCAGUUCAAAAACGAGUUCGGUUUCUGAAAUAACUGAGAAUGUCAAAGGAAAAAAUGUCAAACCUGUAUUUUUAUGUGAAGAUGCACAAAGGAGUUCAAGUCCUGUGGCAGAUAAAUCAGGUGAAACCAAUAGUAGAAGCACAGUUUCAACCGAGAGCAUUCAGCAACAGCAGCAGCAGAAGUUCUUUGAGGUAUCAAGUCGAGGCUUUGGUCAAACAAGUGAGCUUUUAUCGUCAGUGAGGAUUAGUCUUAGGAAAAGUUGCAUUACAAGACCAGCAUCAAGGGUGGAGAUUAAAGCUGAUAGGAGGGAAUCAAGAGACCAUAAAUCUUCCUCCAGCAAGUCUAGUGUGGGAUCAUCUUCGUAUUCUGGCUAUGACGUUAAGAGAUCAACUAUUGCAUUGAUAAAGAGGAAAGAACAAACCACAGAUAGCAGGAAAAUUUCUAAUAUGUGCAAUGCAUCAAAUGUUAGAGGCAAGGAAAGGAACUGUAAUACUGGGACGGAAGGUCUAGUGACUGUUGCAAAGCCAACUUGGCAGGAAGUUGCAAAAUCAAAGCUGCCACAUAAAGUCAAUGAACAAAAGUCACUUGCUGGUACUACAAAAGCUAGAGAGAAAGUGGGAUUUGGUAAAAUCAACAAAGUGACAGGCGCUGGGAAAGAAAAUAAUAUAGGGGAAAUUUCUCUGAGCCAGAAAUGCAAUGGAAAAGGCAAUGCUGCUGGAGGCAUGGUUGUGGGUAGAAAAGGGACAAGUCAGACUACAUCCCAGAAGGGUGUCAGAACAGGACCAGUUGUUCCCAAGGGAAGAGUUGGCAAUCAAAGGGAAGGGAAGACUUCCACCAAUUCUACUCGGAAACUCUACUUUCGAUGAGGGAGCAGAGCAGACACAGCCAGUCAAUCUGUAUAUAAUGUAAUUGCUUACUUCUUGUAGCCAUGGGAGCAAGCAUACCCCUUUUGUACCACAUUUUGGUGGUAAAUUUUGGUUCUCAUGGCUGAUGUGAAUGUUCGUGAAUGUUCAUUUUCACUGGCCAUAGAUUUCUUUUGUAUACAUCUCCCAAGAAUUCACGGUGCCUUUCUGAUCCUUACUUUGUUUUCAAGCCUGUUUGAAAUCUCUUUCAUGGAGUUUCAUUUUACAAGAAAAUUAUCAUUACAAGCAAGUUUUCCCCUACUCAUUUCUGGAUUCCAAGUAGAAUUCAACGAAUCUGAACUACAUGUAAUGAUAAACACAAAUGAGAGCAUUUCAUACACCUGUCCAAAUACACUGCGUGUAACUUUUACCUUGCAAGAACCUUAAAUCUUUUAAAGCCUAAUUUAGCAUUGCUACAGCUGUCUGAAAAAGUUUAAUUUGAAAAAAAAA